AUGAUCAAAAAAUCUUGUUGGAUUGAGAAUUUGGCUGAACAGAGGGAAAAAGUCCGAAUGCAAGAACACAACGCUUCUACCUUAGGAAACGAAAUAGCAUUUAAAGAUGAUGCUGGUGGUAUUGGAGGGGCAUUUUUCCGCUCCAUAUCGUCUUGUGUGGCCAUCACUUUGCUGGCGCCUCUCUCAGUGGAAUUGAAGACGAAGGCUCCUGGGGCGCGAACUUUCCUGCAAGUGAUUCGAACUCGUUUUGGAACCACUGUACAUAUCAUCUACUGCGUCUGCGCCAUCAGCGUCAACUUGACCAUGAUGUUUGAGGUCUCUUCCAGUAUGUUAGCGUACGCUUUCAUUUUAAUUUCUAAAAAGACUGACCAGAAUAAAACCCCAGACUCAGUUUAA